AUGACAUGGAAACAGAAAAAAGACUUGGAGAAUAAGAAGGUAGUGUCACUCGGUGGAAAGAGAGCUAUACUUGGAAGGUUUGGGGCCUACAGUAGCAGUAGUUCCAAGAAGGUGCCAGAGAGGAAACCAGCAGAGGAUAGAAUUCUAAAGUCGAUGCAAGGUGAUUUCAGAAAGGGGUUUCUCAACAUCGGGCAUCUGUUGAAGCCCUCAGCCCCUGAAGCCUCUAACUACAAGGGCAGGCACCCUACAGGUAAAGGGAAGAAGAAUAAAGAUGGCAAGAAACGUCAUGGCAAGAGAAAGGGUGGUGGUGGUGGAGGUGGAGGUGGUGGUGGUGGUAAGAGGCGUCACUAG